AUGGAACAACAACAACAACAACAACAACAACCCUCUCAAAGCCUCGAUCAACGCUUAGAAAACGUCAGUGCAUUGCCCACAGGCUUCUUCCCAUCACCUGCAUCACCUCUCAGUCCUACAACCACUGACGCAGAAUUGGGAGGAGAACCAUCCACUCAUGGAAAGCACACGCAGAAGCGUCGUGUAGUGGUAGUCGCUUAUGAUCACUCCAAUUACGGUGAUGCUAUGAUUUCUAAAUCCAUUCGUCUUGGCUUGGUUAGACCUAGUGAUGAAAUCCGUCUUCUCCAUAUUGUAAGUCAAUCAGAUUAUCGUAAUCUGUUUGCUCCCAUGUUGUCUGCUUCUGGUACUUCGGGUGGUAUUCAUGAAAGUGUACUUGAUUCCAAUAUGGCCAGUGCUGCUGAUGCAAUGAUCUAUGAGGUGAUCAACGCUUUAAGAAAGAUUGGCUUUUCUCACGUUACAUCUGAAAUCUUACGAGGUGACCCUAAAGAGUCCAUUACAGAUUACUGUCGCAUGUCAAAGCCUGUUUACUUGUUGACUGGUUCUCGUGGUCUCGGUGCUGUCAAAAGAACUGUGAUAGGUUCAGUGUCUAGUUACCUGACAAAGCACUGUCCUUGUCCUGUGUUGAUCUGUAAAUUGGACCCAUCUGAAAUUGAAGCUCGCAAAGAAUUGGAUUCCAAGAAGCAAGCAUCCUUUGUUGAAGUUUUGAAUACAUUUAAUGUUAAAAAGCAAUCAUCCCCUCUUGUAUAA